AUGGCGGUCUGCGCAACCAGUGGCUGGCCAGCUGCAUCUAGACGAUGGUUCGACCUCGUAGUUAGCGCCGUGCGAGCUCAAAUGAGCAGCGUGCCGCCCUCGAGCGCCGCCUCUGCGCCGCCAGACUCCGCUACUUUCUUUCCCCGCGCCGCCGCCGUCGCCGCCGCCUUCUCUUUCAUUCUUCCCAAAAGCUUUCGGUUAGAUCAACACAACGUUGCUCUUUUUGUUUCGGCCUACCCUCCAUCUUCUACUGCCCUGGCGCGCAGCCGCCCGCAUGUCGCACGCAUCGCCAUGGACGACGACACCAGCGCUGCCACCAGGCAUGUGCCAAAUCGUGGCCCGGCCGUCUUUGCCGUCACCGUCAUUACACUGGUGAUUUCCUCCGUCUUUGUCUUUGCGCGCAUCGCCUGCCGCUUCUUCAUCGUCAAAAAGGUGACAUGGGGCGACAGCAUCAUGAUGCUGGCCUGGCUCUUGGCCUUUUUCCUCUCUUUUACCGUCGCUUUGGGUACUUUUAGCGGAUUGGGCAAAUAUGACGCAGACAUUGACGAUCGCGACUUGCCCAGGCUUCGCCGUUGCGAAUACGUCUUUUCCAUCUUAUACAACCCUGCACUGAUGGCUGCCAAGACCAGCAUCUUGAUAUUCUACUUGCGGCUCGCCAAAAACACGCAACUUGUAUUACGUUAUGCUUCGUGGUUCACCCUCAUCGUCGUCAACCUCGCCGGAACUGUUCUCACCUUUAUGAACAUCUUCCAAUGCUCGCCCAUCCACGCCGCCUGGCAAGCCCUUUACGACGGACCUGCCAGAUGCAUCCCGCUUCUGACCGAGUUUAUCUGCGCUUCACCCGUCAACAUCGUCACCGAUCUCGCCAUCCUUGCCCUCCCCAUCCCCGUCCUGACCAGCAUGCGACUCCCUCCGCGACAAAAGACGAUUCUCAUCUUGACCUUUACCAUUGGCAUAUUCGUCACCAUUGUCGACGUCAUUCGCAUCUACUACCUGCAGCAAGCCAUCGGCUCCAGCCAUGGUUCCAUUCACAGCAGCCAGGACGCUCGCUUUGGCGGAAAUACCGAUUUUGCCUACUACGCCUCGCUGUCGCUCAUGUGGAGCGUCGUCGAGGUCAAUGUCGGCAUCGCCUGCGCCUGUAUCCCGACUCUCAAACCGCUUGUCGUGCGCCUGCUUCCCGCCAUGCUCUACGACCCUAACCGCACGAGAACCGCGUCGGCUUCCAAGAGUGGCCCCAGCGACCGCGAAACCGAUAGCCAGGGCGUCGCGACAACGCAAAACAGCCCUGCCAUUCCGCAACCCGCUUCCAUGCCUGCAAGGGCCGAUAUACCGGAUACUAGGGAUUAUUCCGUGACGGCCAUUGACUUUAUCACGACCCCAGGAAUGCGCAUUGACCAGAUCAACCUCGAUGCAAUAAACCAGACCAGACCACGCACAAACGUCCUGAGCUCCGCUGGUAGUGUUUCUGAAAACGGCGUCUAUUUCGGCUUCGUCAAUAUGAGGAAACCAAAAAGUAUGCUAAAGACAAACCUCAGGGAGUCGUUCAAAUACGGGACUCUGGUCGCUAUACUGUUCCUGCUUUGGGGCUUCUCGUAUGGUUUGCUAAACACGCUCAACAGCGCCAUUGCAGAGGUCAACGGCAUGUCCACGGCCGAAACCUUGGGCCUAACCAGCGCGUAUUUCGGAGGCGGCUACUUUUUUGGUCCUAUUCUGGUCGGCGAAUGGAUCCUCCGACGCGACGAGCACAAUCGGUCCAAGCGACACUCGAAGAACGAGGCCGAGAACGUCGGCGGCUACAAAGUGACGUUUAUUCUCGGGCUGUCCAUCUACGGUAUCGGAACCAUCAUCUUCUGGCCCUCGGCGGUGACAAACUCGUACGGCGGCUACAUGCUCAGCAGCUUCGUCGUCGGCUUCGGCCUGUCCGUGCUCGAGGUCGCGGCCAAUUCCUUCAUGGUUCUCUGCGGCCCGCACGCCUAUGGCGAGAUGCGCCUGAUGCUGGCGCAGGCCGUGCAGGCCAUCGGGAGCGUCGUCAGCGCGCUGCUGGCCCAGCGCGUCUUCUUUUCCGGAUUGCAGCAAGCAAGCCACAGCUCCAUCAACCUGGUCAAUGUUCAGUGGACAUAUCUCGGCAUCACGCUGCUGUGUGCCGCCUUGGGCCUGUUCUUCUACUACAUGCCCCUCCCCGAGGUCAGCGACGAGGAGCUCGAGGAGUCGACCAAGCGCAUCCCCAUCCAUCCCGCCAAGAAGUCGUGGUUCGGCCUUGAGCUGCGCACCGUCACUCUCAGCCUCGCCGUGCUGGCACAGUACUUCUACGUCGCCACACAAGAAAGUAACAUCAUCUGGUUUGGCAACUUGGUCGCGGCCGAUGCUGCCGAGGACCACGCCAAAAGGUCCACUGCGGCGACGGGAUCGACAGUCCAUCCGCAGCAAGUGCCUGGCCUGAGCUUGUCCACCGCCGACUAUCUCUUAUGCGGGCAGUCCAUCUUUGCGGCGUCCCGGAUUCUGGCCUCGAUCAUCUGCUACUUUUCCGUGCGAGUGCGCUUCGUCCCCAAACCGCGCACGCUGCUCACAAUCUGCAUCCUCAUCUGCUUCAUAUCCUCCAUUCUGCUGGUCACGCUGCGACCAUCGGACCCAAACUACAUCAUCGUCCCGGUCAUGCUCUUCUUCUUCGGCGAGGGCCCCAUCUGGCCACUCAUUUUCGCCAUGGGCCUGCGCGGCCAGGGGCGGAGAACGAAGCGCGCAGCCGCCUUCAUCACCAUGGGAGGGUCCGGGCCGGCCUUUUUCCCAUUCAUCAUGUAUGGCAUCAUCCACGAGGGCGGCACUGUGCACAACGCCUUCAUUGUCAUUGUCGCUCUGCAAAGCGCCAUGAUUCUGUACUCUGGCUACCUCUCCCUCUCCAAGGAUGCGAAAUUGCUCAUUGACCCGCAGGGGCCUUUGCAUGAAGCAAGAAGAGAUGAGGAGAAACACGCAAACGGGGAACACAAUAACGGCGAGGUCCCUGUCACCAAACAAACGAAACAAAUCGAAUAA